UAUCUUAGUCUCCGGUUAUUAUUAUGCAGUGUUAUUCUCGUUAUUAUCUUAGUCUCUGGUUAUUAUUAUGCAGUGUUAUUCUCUUGUUGUUAUCUUGGUCUCUCUCCUCUCACUAUGGCAACCAACCGGAAGGCGCUAAGGAAAGAUGACCGUGUCUGUGUAAGCCACGCGGGUGGAGGGCAAUAAUAAAAGAUUAGUUGGUGUACAAUGCGAGUGUGUUGGCUGGUGAGUAAAGAUGGAAUGCAUGAACCUAUUCGCCUUCCACAUUUACAGUCUGUGAUAAUCGGUCGAGGCCUAGAUACCAAAAUUGCAGAUAAAAAGUGCUCGCGACAUCAAGUUCAACUGAAAGCAGACUACAAUAAAGGAUAUGCUUUUGUGAAACAGUUGGGUGUAAAUCCUAGCAACAUCAAUUUGGAAGAUGUGGGGAAAGACAAGGAAGUGAAGUUGAAGCCCGGACAGACUCUUCACAUUGUCAAUAAGCUUUACCCGCACAUCAUUCAGUUUGCUGAAGAUACUACAGACCAGGAGGGUUGCUCCCCAAAGAGACCCAGUGAUGAACAUUCUACAAACAAAACCUCCGACAUGCUGAGCAAACUCCUUAAAACUGAAGAAUCAAAUAGGAGAGAGGAAAGGAGGAAAAGAAGCCCUGAGGAUGGCUGUAUGAAUGAAGACAGCAACAGUUUGGAGACUCCGAUUAAUCAUGCCAGUGUAGCUGAAAAGAAAGGAUCGGGGCAUUGGAGCCAAGCAUUAAAAGUUUCCAUGCAGGAUCCUACAAUGCAGCUGUAUAAAGAUGAUAAGGUGGUGGUGAUUAAAGAUAAGUACCCAAAGGCUCAUUACCACUGGCUGGUGUUACCAUGGGUCUCUAUUCCUAGCUUGAAGGCUGUAAGGAGUGACAACCUAUCAUUACUUAAACACAUGCAUCAAGUUGGUGAAAAGAUGGUGAGCGAAUGCCCUGAUUCUGGGAAAUUAAAGUUUCGCUUAGGUUAUCAUGCCAUCCCCAGCAUGAGUCAUAUUCACCUCCAUGUUAUCAGCCAAGACUUUGAUUCUCCAUGCAUGAAAAACAAAAAGCAUUGGAAUUCAUUCACAACUGAUUAUUUCCUGGAAUCCCAAGACGUGAUUGAGAUGGUCGAGCGGGAUGGAAAGGUGAUCGUCAAGGAUGCAACAACUGAAUUAUUAAAACUGCCUCUUGUAUGCCACAUCUGCAAACAGCAGCAAUCCACAAUUCCACAACUGAAAGAGCAUUUGAAAAAGCACCUUGGCCACUGAAUGAAAGGUUUUCUCACUGCAGUGCUCCUGUCUGCCCAUCCAUUCCUGCUGUUCAUUUAUUCAGUGUUCAUUAUACUGGUUUAAUUGGACAAUAACGUAUGAGAUGUACAUGCUUUAUACUCUUAAUUUAGCACAAAGCUUUACCGUGUGUAGGAAUUAUUACUGUGAUGAAAUAAUUGGUUUGCAUUUACAAUGAGUCUUAAAAGGAUUCCUUUAAUAAAGAGAUUUGUGUGAAUCUAAAUACAA